AUGAUGACACAGAACAAAUUUCUCACUCCUCUCAAGGAGAUAUUCUCCUCGAAAGCCUCAGCUCUCUCACCUCAGCAGGACCAUCUCUAUGGUCUUCGCGGAGUACUUGCUAUUGAGAGCUUCCUUUGGCUGUUCCUCAAGACCUUUGUCCCAGCCCUUGUCACGAAUGAAGUGCCAGGUCCCGAAUACCAAGUCAUCAUUCGCAAGAUAUUCUCUGUGCUCUUCUGGAAUGAGAGCCUUAUUUCUUCUUUCUUCAUUAUACUCUCAGCACGUACUGUUUGCAUUACUUUCCUCUCAGAGCCAACUGCCAAAGCAUUCGCUCGCUCACUGAUCACUCGCCCCCUACGUAUUGGUAUUCCACUCGCUCUCGCCUUGGCAUUUUCGAUCUCCAUCUUCUCGACCACCAACACAGUAUACAUCGAUGUAGCUGCACAGGCUUUGAAGAAUCCAACCCUCACGGCGCCGGUGAUGCCGUCUACCGCUUUGGCAUCAUUCAACACAAUCUGGGACGUGCUCUGGGUUGUCCGCGAUUUCGGAAGACAAAUGGCUAACCGAGCCUUUCCUGGUGCAACGAUGUGGGCUCCAUCGUUAAUAUACUCGCAGAGCUACACGGUUUAUAUCGCCAUGGUCAUUCUCCCGUUCACUAGGGUUUCUUGGCACAUUCAAGCAAUUGCGCUCUUCAGCAUCGGAUCGUUCUGGUUUAACUCCUGGGGAUGGUAUUCGGCAGCUGGUCUCUUCAUCGCCGACGUAUCUCAGAACCACGAUCUACGCGCUCGUCUGGUUCGAGGCGUCAGAAUCAGGGAGAACAUCACAUUUCCCUAUUGGAUAAUGGCAAUGUUCUCUGUCGUCGUAGGCCUCGCCCUGAAAUAUGUAUGGGUAGCUGCAUUUCCUCGGCAUCUUCGGGACGAGCUGGUCCUGCAUCCUAGCAUUCAGCUCACUCAAGGCUUGAGCAUUCACACCUUCAACGAAGGCCAAGCGUACGCUCGACUGGACGACUAUUUGGUCGUGGUCGGUGUCCUGUUCCUUCUUGAGUUGUCAAGUCGAAUGAAAUCAAUUCUCUCAUCCAAACCAUUGGUCCAACUCGGCAAACGAUCACUGAGUAUCUAUGUGGCCCAAUCUUUGAUGCUCUACGUCGUCAGCCUCAGGAUCUUCGUUGCCCUCCACGUCACGAAGCACAUGUCUGUGGCCUCUGCCAAUACCGUGGCUUUCAUUUCUUAUCUCGUUCUCACUGCAGCAUUUGCCGAGGUUUUCUACUGGACUAUUGAGAGAUCGUCAGCUUGGUGUGCUAGACAGUUCUUUGACUGGAGCAGAACUUGA